GCACCUUGGUGACUGUUACCUAGCAGCCAUGGGCACCAAAUGUUUUGUAAACUGAUUGUUAAGAAACUUUCUUUGUCUUUUCGCUCUUAAUUACGUGUUUGUUUGUUUUUUUAAUCCGAGCUAGAAUGACCGAAAUAUCAGGAUCCCCCCUCCAGUCUCCACCACAUUGGACCAUCCCACUGUACUGCGCAUGGGCAGAAAUAAUUCAUGGAAAACUAGCAAAACAACCCCGCAAAAACAAAGUUAAGAAUUUAAGGAAACGGAGGAAGCGGCAGGAAAAUGGAAAGUUUGUGGCAAAACCACCGAAUAUUACAAACGUUUUCACGUCCGGCCACUUAUGAUGACAAUAUUCCGGAAGAGCAGUAAGAAGCAGAUGCUGCUCGUGUUAGCAUUAGCGAUGCUAACGGCGUCCUCCCAGCUAACUAGCAGGAUGGCUCGACUGGAGCUGCUAACACAGGUGCUGCAUUCACUGCACAUGAUGAACAACAACUAGAUUCUGUAUGAAGACUGAUGCUGUAGCCUCCUGUUCCUGUGAUUCAGCAAAACACACACGCACGCACACACACACACACACACACACACACACACACACACACACACACACUGUUGUGGCAUGCUGGUUGCCAUGGUAAUCAGACUGGUAGGCCGGCUGCUGCAGCUGUGACUCAGCUUGUUGCCGUGUGAAUCAGUACAAUAGACAAAGUGUGUAUGUUUCAUGUUUACUGUUUAUUUGCUGCUGGUUGGUAUAGAAUAGAGUAGUGCCUGUGUGUGCUCCCAUUAAUUAAUAAAGUGCAUAUAAUAUGCAUGUAUAUGUGGCAAAGAUUUAAUUUCCCCACUGUGGGUUUAAUAAAGGAAUAUAUCAUGUGUAUUUAAUUAGUGGAUUACAGUUGGAGGGAUGUGGGAAGUAAUGAAUCAAACAAUUUGGGAGAAAAGCAAAUUUGCAAAUUGUUCCUCAGAGACUUUUAUGUUGCUGCUCAUUUGUUCACUUGAAAAGUGAUGGAAUAAUUGUAUGAAUUUUUUUUUUUUUAAAAAGUCGGUGCAACAACUUCUGCGUAACUAAUCAUUCACUGAUUCUGGGACAUGGAGGAACAGCCUAAGAUGUCAUGGGGCUAGUUUUUGAUUAGCACAAACUAAUCUAAUUAUGGUCAAUCCUUAUUUAAUGUGACAGAGAGAAAAUCAUCAGACAGUAGAGGUCUAGCAGCAGCUGACACAGAUGCAGAUUAGCUUGCGUGCAGGUUUAGGUUUUAAAUAGUGUUGUGGUUUCUGUGGGUGUUAGCAGUAGAACCAACAACCUCCCAAAUCUCAACACGUCAUGAAGUCAAGAAUUAGCUCAAACACAGGGAAGAUUGAGGACAUGCACCACAGACUCCAUCAAGGACAGUCAGUGAAGUUUCAGUGAAGUCAUCUCUUCUUCUUCCAUUUGGGAUCAUCUGUCGCUCCUCUGUGUGUAGCUCCGCCCCGCCAGCCCGUCGCGUCCUCAUCACACAGCAAACGUCCACCAGACCCGCAGCCGCGUCAAGGUUGUGCAGCCUCAUGUGGCUCUGCUCUUAUCAAUAGCCUGCUGUAUUAUACUACUUCCAUCUCCCCAACAUGUGCAAGAGUAAAAAAACUUCCCAUAAAUGAAGGCACUGCUUCCAACCCGCCCGUCCUCUCGGAGAGAGUGGUGCUGCUCGGACAUGAAUGUUUCAGGGCCUUGUUGUCGCUUCAUGAUGUCAGGGCUGUCAGGGAUGCGGCGCGGGCUCUGCAAGUUCAUUUCAUCCCUGCCAGCCGCGGAGCAGCAGCGUCCUGCUGAGAGAAGCCAUCGAGUGGAAAUGUUGUGCAUCUGCAGGGAGCCCCGGCCCGGGAGCUCCGCCGGUCAAGCUGAGGAGGCCUGAGCGGCCUCCACCUCCGGAUUGGAUGGUUGCAGAAGGCAAAUGUGCAUGAGAAGAUAAACAGACCGGGAGGCUGCAGAUAAGAGAAGCUAAAGGUGGGUUUGACUGGAAAUAAUGGCCGACCACGAGGACGCAGAGUUGUCAGAGUCCCUUCAGAAGGAGGAAGGAUUUUCCAGCGAGCAGGAGGAGCCGGGCACGGACUUUAAAUCUAAGAGUUUGCCUAUUUUGAAUGAAGAAGGGCCUCAGGAGGAGACCUUGCUGGCCAGUUCUGUGCGGAUGUCCAUAACGGCGGAGGAGAGCGCAGAGUUCAUCCAGCUGCCGGCCAAGACCGAGUCGUUCCAGGCAGAGUCCCCGACGAGGACGAACUACCUGCCCAAGCCGGGGAAGUCGGCGCUGAACAGGCCGAGCUCGUACAUGGAGAACACGGAGAUCCGUAGGAGUAAAAACAUGGCGAGGAGGAAGCCCCCGGGGUUUUUCGCUUCCAGGCUAGCUCAGAUUCGUCUGCCCAGCAGGAAGUACCUGAGCGUUAUCUUGCAGGACUCUCGCUGCUUCCUGUUCUGCAUGUGCUACCUGACGUUCAUCCAGUCGCUCAUGGUGUCGGGCUACCUCAGCAGCGUCAUCACCACCAUAGAAAAGAGGUACAGCCUGAGGAGCUCCGAAUCAGGCCUCCUCGUCAGCUGUUUCGACAUAGGGAGCCUCCUAGUGGUCGUCUUCAUCAGCUACUUCGGUGGGCGGGGCCAGAGGCCUCGCUGGCUGGCGGUGGGCGGCGUGUUUAUCGCUGUCGGCGCCGCCCUCUUCUCCUUACCUCACUUCAUCUCGCCGGCCUACCAGAUCCAGGAAGUCAACUCGUCGUCCGGCAACGAGGGCCUGUGCAUGAACAGCAACGCCAGCGGCAGGGACCGUGUCGACAUCACUUCCUGUCCCAGAGACCAGGAGGGCAACGAGCACAACCUGUACGUGGCGCUGUUCGUCAUUGCUCAGAUCCUGGUGGGGAUGGGAUCCACGCCCAUCUACACGCUGGGUCCCACCUACCUGGACGACAACGUCAAGAAGGAGAACGCCUCGCUGUAUCUAGCCAUCAUGUAUGUAAUGGGAGCACUGGGUCCAGCUGCUGGUUACCUGCUGGGAGGAGUCCUCAUCGGGUUUUACGUGGAUCCCAAGACUGUAGUGAACAUCGACCAGAGUGACCCGCGCUUCAUCGGGAACUGGUGGAGCGGCUUCCUGCUGUGUGCCGUGGCCAUGCUGCUGGUCAUCUUCCCCAUGUUCACCUUCCCCAAGAAGCUGCCGCCCCGACACAAGAAGAAGAAGAGGAGGAAAAAGGUGAGCCUGGACGACCUGUCCAGCGACGACGACGUCCUCAAGGAGAAGAGCAACAACAACAAGAACCAGACGGUCACGUCGUCCAUGGGCUUCGGAAAAGACAUUAAAGACCUGCCCAAAGCAGCGGUGAGGAUCCUCAGCAACGUGACCUUCUUGUUCGUCAGUUUGUCGUACACGGCAGAAAGCGCCAUCGUCACCGCUUUCAUCACCUUCAUCCCAAAGUUCAUCGAGUCUCAGUUCGGCAUCCCGGCAUCCAGCGCCAGCAUCUACACCGGUGUGAUUAUCGUGCCCAGCGCCGGCGUGGGCAUCGUCCUGGGCGGCUACAUCAUCAAGAAGCUGAAGCUGGGAGCUCGUGAGUCGGCCAAGCUGGCGAUGAUCUGCAGCGGCGUCUCCCUGCUCUGCUUCUCCACGCUGUUCAUCGUGGGCUGCGAGAGCAUCAACCUGGGAGGCAUCAACAUCCCCUACACCACCGGACCGACUCUCACCAUGACCCAGAGGAACCUGACCGGAGGUUGUAACGUCAACUGCGGCUGUAAAAUCCACGAGUACGCUCCGGUCUGCGGCUCCGACGGGAUCACGUACUUUAACCCCUGCCUGGCCGGCUGCAGCAGCGUGGCCAACGACAGCACCGGGAUUCGAAACUACUCCGACUGCGCCUGCGUCCAGAGCCGGCAGGUCAUCACGCCGUCGUCCAGCGGUCAGGGCAGCAACCAGCUGCAGCUCGUCAUCGUCAAGACCUACCUGAACGAGAACGGAUACGCCGUGUCGGGAAAGUGCGACCGCACCUGCAGCACGCUCAUCCCCUUCCUCAUCUUCCUCUUCAUCGUCACGCUCAUCACCGCCUGCGCUCAGCCCUCCGCCAUCAUCGUCACCCUCAGGUCUGUAGCGGAGCAGGAGAGGCCGUUCGCUCUGGGAAUGCAGUUUGUUCUCCUCAGGACUCUCGCCUACAUCCCGACACCCAUUUACUUCGGCGCCGUCAUCGACACCACCUGCAUGUUGUGGCAGCAGGACUGCGGCGUCCACGGCUCCUGCUGGGAGUACGACGUCACCUCCCUGCGCUUCGUCUACUUCGGCCUCGCCGCCAGCCUCAAGUUCUUCGGCUUCCUCUUCAUCUUCCUCACAUGGUACUCCAUCAAGUACAAGGAGGAGCGGGUGGAGCGCUGGCUCAAGCGCCACCUGUCGCCCGUCGACACCGUGGGCAGCCUCGUCUGCCACCCUGGCGGCCACAAAGGCCACGCCCGCACCCGCUCCUGCCCCGUCAACAUCCCCCGCACCGACCCCAGCACUCUGCCCGCUAACGGUCCACCUCGUGCCGGUGCCCUGAACCGUGGAGUCAGCACCCAGAGUUGCCCUGGCAACGAGCUUAAAGCAAUAACUCCUCCCCCUCCCGCCACGCCGUCGCCUGCAGCCACGCCUGCUCCCACGCCGGCCCGAUCACUGGAACACGUGUCAGUCCGAGUCUGAGUUUCAGAAGGGGGGGCGGGUGGGCGAUGAGGCAGGUUUCACCCACUGACGUUUCUUUUAUUCUGAAAUCCAGUCGGCUGGAUUUUAGCUGCUGUCAGAGGCACCAAUCAUCACGCGGAGGUCCUGCUCUCAUCCCAUAACUCUUGUUGGCGGUUAAAACACACGAAGUGGCUUUUUUUAAGUUUGGGUCAAAAAACAAAACAAAACAAAAAAAAAAACACCAGCUGGGUGUCCCGGGUCACUCCAGAACCUCCGGGUCUGUGUCCAGGUGAGGAACACUUGGACUCGUUUGGGGGACCGACCAGCCCGGAGACGAACAGAUCCGCGUGGUCGGUGAAAACGCUGAAAGCCGCCAGGCGUGUUUUCUUUGUGAUCCAGCAGCCGGACCACGGCUCGGCUGGACGGAGGAGAGUUCAUCACUCGUAAACCCCACCUGCCCCCCCGACCCUCCAUCACCUCCAUCACCUCCAUCACCUCGGCAACAUGUGCCUUCUGUCACCGCGGUCCUCACAUGUACAGCAAACAUCCAGACACACUGACGCACUGGACGUCCCUCAGAUAGACUGUGGUCACCUGUCGGAAGAAGAGUCACCUGACCAGAUACCUCAGCCUCCCCUCCCCUCUCCUCACCUCACGUCUGUGUGCUUCGUCUACAUUUGUGUUUCAUUUUUUUUUUGUUUUUUUUUUUUACUUCUUCACCACCACUUGAAUGAUUUUGUUUUUGUGUGAAUGUUUUUUUUCCGGACACUGCAUAUCAGCGCUCUCACGGAAAACGGGAAAAAAAAAAAAACAGAAAAAAAAAAGAAACCCCUAUGGAAAAUGUGAUACACUUCUUCAGUCAAGUGUUCAGAACUGGAAACCGAUGGCAUGGUGCUAUGUGAAAAAAAAAAAAAAAAACAAUGUUUAGUGUCCAUUUUUAUGUUCUUACUGGUCGUUUUUUGGGGGGGUUAAAACACUUGAAAUGAACCCAACUGGACAACAGGUCACUGGGCUAAGCAGCUUGGCACGCACAGAAUGCAUUCCUGUCGCUCCCCCGACACAAUGACACGUAGUAUUACUGCUGGAAGUCGGAUUGUGUGGCUUUUGCCAGCUUCCAUACAAUGCAUCCAUAUAUCCCUCCCUCCUGACCGGCACCCUGAUAAGUGGUUUAACCUCAGAAGAACAGGAUUGGCAUUUUCUCCCCCCCCCCCCACACACUCCUGACCGCAUUCCCGGCUGAAACGAGGCACCGGGUUUCCUCCCCGCGCUCGGAAGCAAGAUGGGAAAAAGAAAAAAAACUAUGCUUGGAAACGCUCCGGCGUCCUCGACAGACUGUGUUCUGACUGCUUCGUGUGAGAUACAGCCGAUCAUUCGUCAACAGCAACGUGUACGACCAUCAACGUAGAAGUCCUAGUGUAGUCGUCUAGUCUCUCUCCGUCAGCUCUGGAAAUAAAAAAGCUGCUGGUGAGUUUUGUGUCUGAUCCUGAGAAGAGAGUUUACUGAGAGCCCUGUUGGUUCACUGCACCAAUGAUUUAUGGGUAAAAAUGUUUUCUUUCUCAUGUCGGAUCAGACGAGAAGUUAAAGCGAGGAAAGCCGACAGUUUGCAGGUCGAGAAGAGUUUAGAAGUUAAUCAAAAUCUCUGGUGAUGUCAGAAGAGAAAUGCUACUGUUCACUGUGGAGCUGCAGCUGAUGAUUGUUUUCUUCAUCUUUAAAUCACCUGAUUAUUCUCCACCAAUCAAUGAAACACAGUCAGAAAAUAAAAGAUCAGAGUUUUUUUGUAAUAAAAUAACUGAGAAAAGCAGCGAGCGAUCACGAUAAGGAA